AUGGCUGAGGUUGUCUUUAAGCUCAAGUCUAUUCUGUCGCAGGAAAGGGAAAAAAAAAUUUCUGUGGUUAAUAAAGAAAAAUUACUUUACAAGGUAAGGGAUUUUUUUACUUGCAACUUUGACAUGAUGUCAGAUGGUAGGGUAAGAAGCCAAUCUGUGAUGUCUGAUGUUGCAGUAAGAAGCAAAUUUGUGGUCCCUGAUGUUACAGGAGGAAGGAAAUCUUUGAUGUCUGGUGUUGCAGGAGGAAGCAAAUCAGUGAAGAAGGAUGAUAAAGUCCUUAGCAAAUCUGAUUUUAGUGCUCAAAAUAUCACGAAAUCUACAACUGGAAGUAUCAGAAUAUUUACGUACGAUGAGUUGGUAAGUGCAACAAAUGAUUUCAAAGACAUGGAGGGUUCUCCUACUUCUUAUGGAUCCAUUUACAAAGGUUGGGUUGAUGAAAAGUCAUAUGCUCCUACAGAAUCUGGUGUUGGUUUGGCAAUAUAUGUUAGGAAGGAGGAGAUUCUAACCUGGAAGUUGGACUUGAAAAUAUUAGAAUUCAGUCAUCCCAAUAUUACUAAACUUUUGGGAUAUUGCUUGUCUAAUGUAACUAUGUUUUGGGUAUAUGAGCUCAUUCCAGGGAUAUGUUUAGAUGAUCAUCUAUUCAGAGCACCAGAUAGAACUCCACUUUCUUGGGCUGCACGAUUGAAAAUAGCACAAGGAGCAGCUAAAGGCCUGUCUUUCUUCCAUCAGAAGAAUCUUCCAGCUUAUAAUAGUUUUGAUGGCAAUCAUAUAUUGGUGGACAGGGAUUUUAAUGCUCGGCUUUGGGAUUAUAAAAUAGACAAUUUACUUGCCCCCACUGGCUGCUCUACUUUCAAAAGAGACAAAUUGGAUUGUAUUUUUGGAUCUAUGCCUGGAGAUGAAUCUGGAGUGCAGAGUGAGAUCUAUGAUUUUGGAGUGGUACUGCUGAAAAUGCUAACAGGGAUGAAGAAGUAUGAUGAAAGGAUACCUCUCCAACAGAAAAAUUUGAUGGAAUGGUCUACUCCAUUACUAGCGAAUGAGGUAAAUUUGGGAAUGAUUAUGGAUCCUCAACUUCAACAUAAUGAUCAUCCUCCAAAGGGAGCAUUCCAAUUGGCUCAACUUGUUUUAAAGUGUCUUCAACCAACCCGAGGCAAAAAUUUGUCAAUUGAAGAAAUCUCCCAAGCCUUGUAUCAGUGCUAUCAAGAAGAAAUCACAUCAGUUUGACUCUGAGAUAUCAAACACAAUAAUUCUUAUGUAAAUAAAUUUAAGAAAGUAAAGUGUAUGUUGCUGCAAAUAUUAAAAAUGUGAAGACUUGACCUCUCACUCGUUUACUAUCUACUUUCAUGGGCUA